AUGUCUAGCUCUCUUCGGAGGUCUCCUCCUGAUGAAGGCUAUAGUGAACAUCCUUUGACUGUUAUCAAUCAAUUCAAAUUCGAGGACUUGCCUUCAUGGCUUGCAGAUUUAUCUCCAGAAGAUCGUGCUGAAUAUAUUUUGGACAUCAUGAGUAGAUUACCAACGUCGGAAGUAUGGGAUAUUGUUGGGCGCCUUAAACCUCGACUUAAAAUUGAUUUCUUCUUUCACUUACCAUCGGAGAUCUGUUUGAGGAUUCUCAGCUUCCUUGACCCAGUCUCACUAAUAAGAACCGCCAGCACCUCGCGACAUUGGCAAAUGUUAGCAUUCGAUCGAAAAUUGUGGGAACAACUAUAUAUACGGGAUGGGUUCAGAAUUAUCAGAUCAGAGGUUACGAAAUUCGAGUACCCGGGGGGACAACCUUCGUGGAUGAGCUCAAGGACCGGCUUCGACCUCAAUCUUCCAGCCAAGCGCAAAUUCACCACCAAUUCACAGCGUAUGGUAUCUAGUCCUGAUCGGACUAACGACAAUCAAGACUUGGACUUGAUGAAGCAGACGUCAAUAUUUGGACCGGCAAGCACAAGGGAAAUCAAACAAAGUCCUCUUGCGGAAGACGCGAUCAUGAUGGAUGCACCAGUCUUACCAAUGGAUAGUGGCAAUGUUCAGACCUCAUUUUCUAGCGCAGAGAGAAUUAUGCCUGGAGGAAAAGGAAAAGGAGUCUCGCGUCCCAGGCAACUACCCACUCUAGCCGUUGUAGACCGUAGUGACGGGGAAGAGAAACUUAAUUGGCAUUAUCUCUAUACCCAAAGAAGACGCCUAGAAGCCAAUUGGGAAGCUGGAAAGUUUACCAACUUUCAAUUACCGCAUCCUAUGUAUCCAGAAGAGGGUCAUACAGAGUGUAUCUAUACUAUUCAGCAUACUCAGAAUUAUCUGGUCAGUGGUAGCCGUGAUAAAACCAUACGAGUCUGGGAUCUUGAGAGAAGACGCCUUGCUCUUCCUCCCUUGGCAGAACAUCUCGGAUCAGUACUCUGCCUCCAGUUUGACCCUGAUCCAGAAGAAGAUCUUAUUGUCUCUGGAAGCAGUGAUGCCACGAUCAUCAUUUGGCGGUUUUCGACAGGUAAGAUCGUGCAAAGGUUAACGACAGCACAUAGAGAAUCAGUUUUGAAUGUUAAAUUUGACAAACGUGUGCUUGUCACCUGUUCGAAAGAUAAAACUAUCAAAGUAUUCAAUCGCCGACCUAUCAACGGAGGUAUCAUAAACGAAUCAGCUUCCAUCCAGAUACCAAAUCUUGGCUUCGAAAACAAUCCCUCUGCGGGUCCCACCAUACCGCCGUACACAAAUAUCUGCACAUUACAAGGUCAUGGAGCUGCGGUUAACGCCGUUCAAGUAUUGGGUGAUGAGGUCGUGUCUGCUUCAGGCGAUCGAACAGUAAAAAUCUGGAACUGGAAAAAAAACACUUGCACUCGAACCCUAUUGGGUCAUAACAAGGGAAUCGCGUGCGUUCAAUACGAUGGUCGUCGUAUAGUGAGUGGUAGCAGUGACAACGAGGUUAAAGUCUUCGACAAAGAAUCCGGUCUUGAAGUAGCCAGCCUUAGAGGUCAUACGAACUUGGUGAGGACCGUCCAAGCUGGAUUUGGUGAUUUACCAUACAGCGCGGAAGAGGAAAGAGAGGAUGCAAAGCGGAUUGAUAGAGAAUAUUUCAAGGCUGUGAACGGUGGAUUGGUCGAUCAGAGUUAUCAACAAGGUCGUCUCAAAAAUUCUGGGUCCUCAAAGCCAGAAGAUAUCACUGCUUUUGGUGCUAAAUUACCACCGGGUGGUGGAGGUUGCAAAUAUAGUCGUAUCGUCUCGGGAUCCUAUGAUGAGUCGAUUCAUAUAUGGCGAAGGGAUAAAGAAGGUGUCUGGAAGCCUCAGCAUACUCUCCGACAAGAGGAAGGUUCCCGAAGUGCAAUCAGGCAGUGGGCUAGAGUACCUCGAAGCAUUCCCAACAAAAAUGCAGCAUGGCUCCUGGGGCUGACGCCUGGAUCAGCAGGUGACGAGUCACCCUUGGGAGAUAUUUCUAAGCUUGCCCCGGAGGACCAAGUUGACAAAGCAAUUGCGGCUGGUGCAAUAGGUCUACGUCAAACGCUCAAUGAGUACCCAGAUUUACUGCUUCACGAAUACUUGAGAGUUGCUAUCAAUCGUUUGACAGAUCACACAAAGCACUUGAUGAAUCUUGUUUUUGUUGCAGCUCUACAGGCAAGAGGCUGCGAUUUAUCUGACCUGCCUCCUUUGCGCAAUGAUUCAAAUACGACUACAGCACCGGUAACAAGUACUGCUGCACCAAUUCCUCCAACAAUGCCCAAUCGUGGAAUGCCCCUAGGUGGUCCUCAUCCAACGCAUGCUCGUGUCUUCAAACUUCAAUUUGAUGCUCGUAGGAUCAUAUGCUGUAGUCAAACACCAACGAUUGUGGGCUGGGAUUUUGCAAAUGGUGAUAAGGAUAUUAUUGAAGCAAGUCGAUUCUUUGCUCCAAUGGAGUAG